AAACGAUCUGUCAUAGAGAACUGUUGUUGAAUGGUCGAGUCGAGUAUUGCCUUCUGAUCUUCCGUUUAUCCAAUGUUUUACCUGUUUUCAGUAACACAAGAGCCUAUAUACAGAAACAGAAUGCCAAUGUAGCAACCGUCCAACUUAGUGGAGUUCUGCAAGCUAGCAAUGGCCGCAUCGCCCGAUUAUGUGCAAGUGCAGGCGAAGCUAGAACUCGGACACACUGCAUCAUGCCGUAAGAAACUAACCCCAGAAGGAUUUACCCAUGAUUGGAAAGUGUUUGUGCGGGGAUCGGACCACAAUGAUAUUUCUCACUUCGUGGAAAAGGUCAUCUUUAACCUUCACGAGAGUUUUCCAAAUCCAAAGCGAGCUUUUACAGCCCCUCCAUACGAAGUCAAGGAAUGUGGUUAUGGAACAUUUAGCUUCCCUAUCGAUAUUUACUUCAGGAACAAAGAAGAACCAAAGAAAGUCACAAUUCAGUACGACCUUAUUCUGCCUGCCCUAGGGUGUUCUCCCAUUACCAAUAUUCGUAGUGAGGCACUGAAAUUCUUGAAUCCCCCUGAUGAAUUCAAGCAAAAAGUGCUCAAGGCAGGAGGAGAGGUACUCGAUCACAGAAAUGGGAUUGGGUCACCUCCUAACACUAUAACUAAAGCUUUGGGUCCAACAGCUUUAAACUCUGGGAGCAGUGGAAAAGAAAUGCGAAAAAUAUCUACAGAGGAAAAACCUAAUCAAUCAGAGCCUCCAAAAAAAGUAAAGAAAAUUAAGACUGAGAAAGUUGAAAAGACAACAAAUAAGCAGCAAAGUAAAAGCUCAGAAAAUGUAAGUAAUAAUAGUUUGAAAAGAACAAACACUGGAGAAGAUGUACUUAAUGCUGUCAAAAAGAAGAAAAAGAUCAAACUAGAAGAUGUGCCAUCCAUUAAUCAGAAGCCUUUAGGGUUUAUACCUAUAGAGCCACCAGGAAAUGGAGACAAGGAUCGAAUCUUGGAAACAAAGGAUGUCAAGCUAAAAAUCAAAUCACUUCCUCCCAAACCAGACAAAAUUAAUGAAAAAUCACACGUAAAGGCAAAAAAGAAAAAGGACAAAAGUUCAGUUCCAGGAAAUACAGAAAAAUUAAAAAGGCAUUUGAAAAAGAGUAAAGAGAAAACUAAAACUCCAACAGCGGACUCUAAAGUGAAGAUUAAGGAAGAGAAAGUGGAGAAAAAAAUAGAAAAAAUAACAUUUAGGAGGAGCUCUGGGGAUAGCUGGUCCAGUUCGUCCUCUGGGUCAUCUGGGCUCUUUAAUAAAGCUGUUGCUUCUGGGAACACUAAGAAUAAUGCACUUGGUGCUCUGAUGGCCGAGCUUGGCGAUAUUGACAAUGACAUUGAUGAUCACGAGGAUUCAGAUGAUGAUGAAUUCUUGAAACUGGCAACCCCAUUCCAGUCUGUAAAACAGGAGGUCAAAUCUACGCCAAAUAAUAAUAAAUCCCCUUCAGUCAAAGACAGUAAAUCAAACACUGUUACUAAACCAAGUAAAGCUAAGACAAAGAGUGGAUUACAACAAAAGAAAACGGAUUCAAAGAACUCUGCAGCAAAGGUCAAUGGAGUAAAAAGCUCUCCAACUGCUAUAAAGAUGGAAGUGAGCAGUAGACAGAUUUCGACCUUGGCUAAACAAAGCCCCAAAACCAAAACAAAAGAUGAAAACAAGACAAAGCCAGCAAGCAAUGGUCACAGGCCACAAAAAAUGGACUUGAUUCAUCUGCACAAGAGAUUGUGUCUAACACGGGAUUCAAGCAGCUUACAAAUGAUAGCUGACAUCAUGGAAGAGACUGGAUGUUACCAGAUAACCGACACCAACUUGACAUUCGACCUGUACAAACUGGACUCAGACACUUUACAUAGACUGCAAAAAUGUCUGGACAGGUGAUAGAAAUGCCCGGAAAAAAUAUGUUACAAAUGAUGGAGCUACAAGGAACAAGAUGAUAGUACAACAAGUUAGAGUUCUUGGUCCUUUGCACUGCUUGUGCUGUUAAUCAAGGUGGUAUGUACUUGUAGCUUACUCUUACCAAUUCACUACAAUAAGACCCCAAUAACUUGAGCUCAGGCAGUUUAAACCCUCUAAAUUAAACUUACAUUAUGUCCCUUAUAUAAUUUAAGCUGUUUCUACUCAGAUAACUCAAACUCCCCACUAACUCGAACUAAUUGUUUGAUUGAGUAUCCAACUAAACAUAAUUUACUUGUAUUUGAUGUUUUAAAGUACUAUACUGACUAAUUUCCAGGAAGGACAGCAUUAUCCAGGCAGAAAGGUUGGCCUACUUAUAUAACUUUGUAUAUAACUUAUAUAACUCAUGUUUUAGAGACCAUUAUAUGCUUUACAUCACCUUGAUGCAGAGUAAUUUCUAGGAGGUAACUCCAUCUUUCAGGCAGUUAAGUAACUCAUCUCUCUAUUCAAUGUUUUAGAAAGCAUGGUAUGUUAUCCAUGUUUUUCCUGAUGAGCAAACUUAUAAAUGGACAGCCUGUUUAAUGUACAGCCGGCCAAAUUAUGUACUUAUUCCUUCUCUCUGUCUAUUAGUUUUGAUAUUUUGUUUGCAUACAAUAAGGGAAAGAUUUCCAGGAAAACAACUUCAUUAUCAAGGAAUGGUAUGUAGCUAUUCUGAACAAUUGACAUUUAGACUAUCAGUCCAAUCAGUUAUGUUUUCCAUAUUUAUUCCUUUUAGGCUAUUUAGUUCUGCUUGAACAUUGUAUCAGUUUGAAAUGCUUUUGAUCAAUGUUUUCAACUGAGCACAGACUUUAUUUAAACCUUACAAUUUGUAAGAAAUCCAAAAUUUAUUGACAUAAGCAUCAGAAUCCUAAAAAAGGAUAUGGACGAGAAUAGGGUCUCUCUAGGAAAUAUUCUACCUUAUUACACUUAAUUUUCAAAACAUCAAAAUUGUGGGAUGGCGAUUUCGCGACACUUUAAAUCUACCCGCGAUUUCGCUAUUUUCAUAAAAACCAGGUCACUUUAUUUUCGCGAUUUUGCGAUUUUAAGACAAUAUAUCAAGCAAAACAAUUAUAAUUAUGCUUUAAUCAUCACAACUGUGACAAACUAGCAAAAACGUGAGGGGACUAAAUUUAUUUAAUAAAAAUCUAUGUAUAUAUAUAUAUAUAUAGUUCAGAAUUGUCCAACUCAACCCCUUACGGUGGCUAUUAUGUACAGUAGAAGACUAAAUAGAUAAGGUGUCUCUAUAAAGAUUAUCAACGGGUAAUAUUUCACCAGACUUUUUGUGUACUCAUUUAAAUUUCGCGCUCCCAAUUUUCGCGACACUUUAUUUUCGCGAAAUUCAAGUGACGCGAAAAUAAAGUGUAAUAAGGUAGUUCCAAAUAUUCUCACAAAAAUCAUGGCAUCCAGAAUCAUUCAUAUUUUAUAAUAGUCAUAUACCAAAACUUUUUAGGAAAAAGCUUUCUUUUUCUACUAGAUGUUUAUAGCAAAAAUAUUGUAAAACAUCCCAAAAGCAGUGGCAGAUCUAGAAUAUUUCAAAGGAUUGUUCAACAUAAAAACUUCACCAAAUCUCUCCAAGUCAUCAUUUUGCUUAAAAAGGUUUUUUUUGAAGCCACAGAACCACCACUGGAACCUACACUGAGAAAAGUUAAAUGUCAUUGUACGGAUUUCUCCAAAAAGCAGAAACUUGUUACAAAUAAUCGCAAUAAUUACAAAUACUUUGUUCUGUACAAUUUCCUGACACUAACAUGAAGAAAGUACAUAGAAGUAAUGAAUACGCAAUUCUUGUAAAUGAUUAUAUAUUUUCUCUGUUCAUAUAAUUUAUUUUGAUUAAGCAAUCUAUCUUCUUUAGACAUUCUAUAGUUUGAGAGUCCGGCCAGCAAACGUCGACCAAACGCGCUGUAAAAAAUCUCUUAUAGGAGGUGAUAUUCGCUACGAAAGUACAGUAGGUUUAUAUAUUUAUAUUAUCCGUACAUAGUAAUUAAUAUUUGGCUGGAAAAUCUCUAGCCUCACCAUAUUUUAUGAAGUUUAUAGAGGUUUAGAUUUAAAGUUUCAUAGACAUUAUGACAUAGUGACGUUUGUAUAUACUUCCCUCUUAGAAGGGUUAAUAGAUCUUUUUUUUUUUGCCUUUUGCGUAGUUUUUGCUGGUCGCCAACUCUUUCCAGCUCUAAGCUAUAUAUUCUAUACAUCUUUUAUACUCAAUUCUUUUGUAUGAGUAAUAUGAUAUAUUAUGUACAGGUUUCAUGUGGCAUUAAUAAAUUAUUAUUAAAGGAUAUAUAUACCAUA